AUGAAGCUGUCAGAAUCAAACAAGGACUUCAAGUCCAUGAGAUUGACGAGAUCGGACUCGGAGAUUCCACUGCGCCCAUGUGUUUCGUCCGAUGGCAUUGGUAUCGGACAGCCGCCCAAAAAUAGAACCGGUUCACCUUAUCAGAAUUCUAGAUCGCACGGCUCUGAAGGUAACAUAUUUGAGUCAAAGUGGAGAACUGGUUCUGUGCACAGCGUUUUGUCGUACGAAAGUCUCCAAAUGAGUCUUCGACCUCCAUCUAGCAGACCGAAGUCAGGAAUGAUGAAAAUCAGCUAUGUGAUGAUUAAUGGGUUACCGUUCCCUCUAGAAAUUGUUUUCCCUAAGAAGAUUGCACACAGAGGGCACGAGAGCGUGCAGGGAUCUAACAGGCCUAGUACACAACCGCUUCCCUCGAAACGAGGUUCGCCGCGCUCGCCAUCAAAAUGCAUCCCGCAUUCGUUAUUAGCUAUCCCAGAGCUUCCGGUUCCCGACGAAAACCUUCUCAAACCCAUCGCUGAUAUAUCUCCCCAGUUGGUUUUCAACUCGCCUAUACUGAGUGCAUUUGAAAAUGAUGCUGAAAUAAAAAUGGAACUUAGCACUUCGAGUAGUGGUCAUUUAGGAGGAUUUGAUGCUGAGAAGCCUAAGAGAGAGUUAAAAGAUUCAAAUUCAAACUCGAAAUCACCAUCUCGGAAGUUUAGAGUCUCGUCUCCUCGAAAACCCCUGUUCUUCACCGCCACCUACAAAGAUGCAAUAGAGUUGAUGAACCGGCCCGUAUUCUCGUCUGACGAAAAGGAGAACGGCGGUGAACCAGUGGCCAUGCAAAAAACAAGGAAUGGUGCCUAUGCAGGUUAUGAAAUUGAUUAUGAUUACAGUGAAAACGGUAUACAGACCUCAGAAGAGGUCUCGCGCGGUUACAUGUCCCCCUCGCAUCGUAUGCUCUCAAGUCUCCGAAUCAUCAGCGAGGAUUUCAUUUAUGCAUAA